AUGCCCGAACUUGGAUCCCGCAAAAUCCAGGACCUACCUGACCUUGAAGCAGAGACGUCGUCGGCAUCACCUGCUUCUUCGACUCCAAAACAGACGCCGGCGCAGCAAAGUGCAAAAGCUCCUAGAAGGAGCCGAGAAGAAAAGUCCAAAUCUCCUGAACAAGAAGUGUCCGCGAUCGUGUCACGAUCACAAUCACAAUCACAGCCGGAAGGAAGCUCAGGGAGCACCGCCGAAGCCGCCGGCGCCGAGGAUACCUCGUCUUCUGCACCCACCAUUCCUCCCAACGUCCUGGCCGCAUACCGGACUCCGCUCCGCCACACCCCAACCCACGGCAUCCCCGUGGCCGAGCUACAACUUCGCAGCUACAGCGUGCGCAACCUCGAGUUCUACGCCGACUUUGCCGUCCGUGCUGCAUAUUACCUGGGUCUGCCCUGUACAGGACCCGCUCCUCUCCCGCGCAAAAGGGAGCGGUGGACAGUGUUGAAGAGUAACUUCGUCAACAAGAAGGCACAGGAAAACUUUGAACGAAUCACACUGAAAAGACUGAUUACGGUGUUUGACGGGCAGCCUGAGGUGGUGGAGAUUUGGUUGGCAUUCCUGCGCAAGUGGCAGUUCUAUGGAGUCGGGAUGAAAGCCAAUGUUUGGCAAUGGGAGGAACUCGAUGUUGCCGGUAAGAUGGACCGCGACUUUGCGGCUCUUGAGAAACAACUCGACGACAAAUUACGCCUGUUUGGCUUCAACAAGUCGUCUGCGGAGAAGAACGAUUUGCUUCAAAUCAUGGAUAAGCAGGGUCAUAGACAGGUCGGGGUGGGUAUGUCGGAGCUUAGAGAGAAGUCGAGAGUGACAAGUGAUCCAUUUUGA